AUGCUUGGAAGUCGGGAAGAAACGGAACAAGAAGCCGAGUGUGUUGCUCCCGACGCGGCCAGUGUUAAGGCGACCAGGCCGAGGAAGAGGAAGGCAGAUGUUGCCAUUUAUUUACAAGAUGUGGAUGAAGACGAGAUGACCAAGAAGAAGCAGCGGGACUGCCAGGUGGCGCAGCAGUCUGACGAAGGCGCGUACACAAGUCCUCGGCGCCGGACGUCUACGCUGGAACGCCACGACGAGCGGCAGAUUACGCUGAUCAACGUCGGGUUCCCUCAUUACGACCUCGCCAACGUCUUGGCCACUCCCGUUCACUGUGCGCCGCUUCCUGCGCUCUGCUGGGCGAGUAAAGACGUGGUGUGGAACAACAUGCUAGCCAAAGACAAAACGUACACGCGCACCGUCAACAUGAUGGAUAAACAUCCACACCUUCAGCCCAAGAUGAGAGCCAUUCUACUCGACUGGCUCAUGGAGGUGAGCGAAGUAUACAAGCUGCACCGCGAGACGUACCACUUGGCGCAGGACUACUUUGACCGCUUCAUGGCCACGCAGAGCAACGUCUUCAAGUCCACGCUACAGCUCAUCGGCAUCAGCUGCCUUUUCAUCGCCGCCAAAGUCGAGGAGAUGUACCCUCCCAAAGUGCACCAGUUUGCCUACGUGACGGACGAAGCCUGCACCGAAGAUGAGAUCCUCAGCAUGGAGAUCAUCAUUAUGAAGGAGCUGAAAUGGAGUCUGAGCCCGCAGACGCCCGUUUCCUGGCUCAACGUCUACAUGCAGGUGGCGUACCUCAACGAGUCGGACCAAGUGCUCAUCCCCAAGUACCCGCAGGCCACUUUUGCUCACAUAGCAGAGCUUCUAGACGUUUGCAUGCUCGACAUGCGCUGCCUCGAGUUCUCCAACGGCGUUCUGGCCGCCUCAGCCCUUUUCCACUUUUCGUCACUGGAGCUGGUGGAGAACGUGUCGGCCUUGAAGAGGGCGGAGCUGGAGGAAUGCGUUCGGUGGAUGGUGCCCUUCGCCGUGGCGCUGCGGGAAUCGGGCGGCACGCCCUUGAAGACGUUCGCCGGCGUGGCCGCGGACGACGUGCACAAUAUCCAGACGCACGCCCCCUACUUGACGUGGAUGGAGAAGGCGUCGUCCUACAGAGAAUCGGACUUGGAAAGUCAAGGCGGCUGCCAACUGCCGUCCGGCGUCCUCACGCCGCCGCUCAGCAGCGAGAAGACUGCCGAAGACCGGGACCCUGCGGCGACCGCGUUGCGACCCAAGUUGCGGGCUGCCGAAUGGACGCUGGCGCCUUAG